GCCCUUAAUGUAUCUGGAUUGAAUCUGGCGUCCGCGUCUCCUUCACUCUCCUUGCACCCCUGGCUCCGUGUAGGUGUCGCCGCCGCCAUGAAGCUCGUCACCCGACGCCGUGAAGCUCGCCGCCUGGCACCAUGGUCUCCUGGAACAAUCUGCCGACCUCAUCCCCUGACGGCGAGUCAGUCAACAGUCCGGAAGGAUCAAAAUGCAACUAUGUGGAGUGGGUUGAUGAUGAGUGGCCUGCUCAACUCAAGAUGGCUUUAGGUACUAUCUGGGACAUGUAUGAAGAUAAUAAGAGGCUGAGGCUCAGGCAAAAUAUUGUUAGUGCUGAAGAAAACUUGAAGAUGUUGAAAGAGAAAGAAAAGAUGGAAAAAGAUCUGAGGUUUUUCAAGGUUGAUUUUGCUAAGAUGGUUGCUGACAAGGAUCAGGCAUUGGAACAGUUAGGCAACACACAAAUUGCACUUUUUGACCUAAAGGAAGAGAUUGAGAAGAAGAAGAUUUCUGACAAGUCUGCCACAAACAUUCAUCAGGUUGUUAGGGCCAAGGCAGAGAAAGAUAGGGACUUGAUGAAGGAAGAGAGGGACUUGAUCAAGCAAAAGAGGGACUUGAUGAAGCAAGAGAUGGAGUAUAGUAUAUCCAUAAGCUUUCAAAUAGUUCUUCACAGUGUAGCAAUCAUGAACUAUUGUCUCCGAGUCAAUUCUCUCCUCCCUACAACAGGCUACACAAUGCCCACAUGGUAUCCUAGACAACUGUCAUCUUUUGCAAUCACAUGUGUGCAAGUACAAGUCUACUGUGUAGCUAGAGUUACCACACAAAACUCUGAAUAUUUGUUGACCUACUUCUGAUACAUGGCAAUUUGCAGCAAA